AUGCCCAGCGUAACAGCGGAGCAUUUUCUCGCCUUAUCAAAGAUGUUUGCUCACGUUCAGGCUCCGACCUUACAACAGGAGAGCAUUGAGUUCGGAGUAGAUGACCUUCUUCGAGGAAGGUGUAUGUUUGCCAGCAUCGACGCUCUGAACAGUUGCUGUGAAGAGUUAAAGCAGAGAUCCCCAAGAGAGAAGGGGAAGGAGCAUAUUCACUUGGCCACUGUCUACAACCACCUCGGCGCCACUUACAACUUGGAAGGCUCUCUUUCCUCCAGUCUGGCAGCCUACAAGCAGAGCUUAUCCAUUAUCGAGAAGGAAAAGGGAAGAAACAGCAUUGAUUGCGCGAAUGUACUGGCCAACAUUGCUCUCAUUUACGAAAACGACGGGAAUUACUAUGAGGCAAUCAGAUACUAUGAGCAAGCAGUGGGAAUAUGCAGUAAGCACAACCUGAAGGAAGGCACAUACGCCAAUUCUGCUUUCGGCCUAGGAAAAUGUUACUCUGCUCUUAAAAACUACACGAAAGCCAUCGAAGUCUACGGCAAGGCACUCGAGUAUUACGGACAACAGAAGGGACAAAUGUACUAUGCUACAAUCACCGAAAUUGCAGUCGCAUAUGAAGGUCUGGGAGAAGAUGAAAAGGCUAACCAGUAUUAUGAUCGUCUGCAAUCACAUUGA